AUGGCGUACGUGUUCCCAAUUGAGCGUCCUAGCCAGAAGAUUCUCAUCGGAAGCGCAGUGGUUUUCUCAUUGAUACCGGUGAUUGCCGUUAUUCUGCGCAUGGUUGCGCGGUCGAGAAUCAAGAAUCACACUCUUGAUCUGAGCGAUUGGCUUAUCAUCUUAGCAUGUAUCGUCGCAGUGGCAUAUCAAGCACUUGCAGUCACCUGCGCUGUGGUUGGGGGGAUGGGAUACCACACGACUGAGGUCUUGGCGAUGGGAGGAGAGGAUGCGGUAACCCUUCUUCUGAAGCUUGUAACCGCCAUCAUCAUCUUCUGGGCCGUCAGUCUUGGGUUGACGAAACUCUCUAUCCUUGCGCUAUACACCAAGAUUUUCUGCGUCCGGAGUUUCGUCCUUGCCGCUCAAGCCUGUGCUGUAUUCGUCAUGCUCUGUGCCAUGGUCUUGUUGAUUGGUGCCUUCACCAUCUGUACGCCGGUUUCGUACAACUGGGACAGAUUCUCGACUCCGGGAAGCUGUGGCAACAUCAGGAUGUUAUGGUCCGUAACCGGAGGGCUCAAUAUCUUCAGUGACUUAGUCAUUAUAUUCCUCCCCAUGCCACAUAUUUGGAGCCUAUCGCUACAGCUGUACAAAAAGAUUGGAUUAAUAGUGACCUUUGGGAUCGGGCUUGCAGUCUGCAUUGUGAGUGCCGUCCGACUCGCCGAGAUUACCAAAAUCAACAUGGACGACUUCCCAUUUUCCGGCGGUAUCGCACUCGCGUUUAGUGCACUGGAACCCUGUCUGCUGGUAACUGCAGCAUGUAUCCCGCUUCUCCGCCCAUUGGUAUCUCGAAAAAACUCAUCAGCCGCGCCCAGUAGCUUCGCCGACGGCACUAUUACUAUUGGUGGUACCGGAGCUCACCCGGCUCCUCGAAAGGGUGGCUUCUCAGAACUCCAAGACGACGACAACUCAACGAGACAACUACACAUGGAACAAUCGAAAUUUGGUGGAGGGUCAAGUGCUGAGGCAGAUGGUAGUUCCUUCGGUUCCUCCCACGGCACAGAUAACCACUAUACCAACUUAGAGUUGAAAGCUAUCACGGUUAAGAGGGAGUGGAAGGUUAUUGAAGAAUCCGUUUAA